CAGACAGUAUGGCGGACAACGAAAGUGAUUUGGAAACAGACGGGCUUGAAUUAGCUCUGGACACGUUGUGUGCUAAACACUGCAGCGAAGAAUCGUCACUGAAGAGCAAAGAGUACUGCUCUGAGUUCUGUGAGCUUGUUGAGGAGUACACAGGGCAAUGGCAAGUUCCUCUCCCACAGCUGAAGGUGCUGCGGACCGCUCUCUGUAAUUUCACCAAAGCCACUGCUGCCUUCCCAGAUGACUGUCAGCACAUCCAGUAUGUUCUCAGCAGUCUGGCCUUGAGCUUCUUCGAACUGAUGCUGUUUUUCAGCAAGGAAGAAUUUGUGGAAGAGCCUUUAAAAGACAUUCUCGAUUCUUUUCAGGUUUGCCACACUCGCCUCUUGAGGCACAGGAACAUCUACCUUCAGCAUGUGAAACAGAUUAUUAAAACAGGAGGCCCAUGGGAAAAUCCAGUGUUACAGGGAAUCCUAAAGGAGGAAGAUUUGUCACCAAAUGAGGUUGAGGACUACUUGAGCUCAGAAUUGCCAGUGUUCUUGGAGCUGCGAGUACGAUAUCUGCAGGCCUGUGAACGAAUGCAGGAGGCAAUGGCCCUCGCUAAAAGCUGCCUGGAAAAUCGUGAGGCUGGAAAGCAUCUGUACUUCCAUCAGGCCUACUUGACCUGCCUUUACAAAGCCUCACUGCAUGAAAACCUUUACAAAGAGAUGGCAGAGAUAGAUGGCCGUGAUGCAGUGGAAAUAAUCUGUAACACAGAGAGCGUUGAAAAAGAUGAGCUUUUGUUAUCACUGUGUAAAGCCUUCCUUACCCAGCAGCUACACAAUGGAGACAUGUAUUACAUCUGGGACCUGGUGUUUAUCUGGAGCAGACUGUAUCUUAGGGCCCAUCCCUCCAGACAGGGCUUCCUACCUGAGUGCUUGCAGCUCGCUUCCUCUGCUACCAAUGUCCGAGCCAUCUUCCCCUUCAUAAAACUGGUCACUACAGAGCUGGGCAGCGACGGAAUUCAAGUUUGUGUGGAGCUUUGUGCCAGGGCCCUGCAGCUGUGUGACAUGCAGGCUGACACUGUAACCCGGUCACUCGUUUGCAAGACAAUCGCUUUCCUGCUGCCCCAUGACCUGGAGAUCUGUCGAGCGUGUGCCCUGCUUGUCUUUUGCCAGGAACGAAGCCUGGAGGCAUACCGAACUGUCUGCCUGCUUUACAUGCAUCCUGAUCAGGAGCAGCAUCCCCACAACAACCCUGUCCGGACCUGUGUACGCUUUCAUAUUCUUCAGAUGCUAAAGGAGCGCCUUUGUUUUGACCCCGAGUUUUGGAACCUCCUUACCUUGAGAACACACUGUUUAGAGUUGAUGAAUGAUAAAGUUGUGAAGGCCGCUGUUCUCGAUGAGAUGAAAAAGAUAGAGGAGAAGGCAUAUAGUGAAGAACUGUUAAAAAGUAACUGUGUAACUGAGUCAUCCACUCAAGACUUUGUUUCAUGUAACUGCGCUGAAGCUGGAUUUGUGAACCCUCCAGAAGAUCAAACAGUAGAUGGAGAGGUUGCAAAGUGUGUUGCACCGCCAGACAAUGAUUCUCUGAAGAGGAGGAAAUGGAGGAAAAGGCUACGAAGGAGAAAAAAUUCUAGGUCAGAUGAUGAGUUUGACAUAGGUGAUGAUCCAGAAAUAAAAUAUAACCUCAAAUCAACCUCUUUAGGUAAUAAGCCCGUGUACUCACUGAGACGCAAUCACACUAACAAAGAAAAUUCUUCAGUAAAGCUCCCUCUAAAUCGCAAUAGGGAAUACUUGUCUAGAUGUGUUAAGAGCCAGAUUUUGAAAAGAAAAGGUCAAAAGAAAAGGUGGUUGCAAGGUCUUCCAAGACUGGAGCUGGUACAGACAGUUAAAGAGAAAAAGGUCAAAGUUAGAGGGCGAAAACGGGGAAGGAAGCCUUUAUCAAAACUGGAAGUCUCUUACCCUGAUAAUGAAAUAUCCCUUACCAAGGAGGAGUCUGGAUUUGAGAAAAAAAUGGAUACAGAAGACAAAGAGCAGGAUAUGCCUCACGUGAACAGUGAACUGAAAAUGAGUGAACAGAAAGAGAACCAGCUUGGGCUCUUGAAUGAUUGUCAAAAUGAAAAUGGAAAACAUUCUGAUUUGGUUUGUGAAAUUAAGAAUGAUCUGCAAAAAAACAAACUUGAACAGAUGAGUGAUCUGAAAGAAAAUGAAAUUGAGCAGAUGACAGACUUUAAAGAGAAUGGAGAACAUCAUGACUUGGCUUUUGAAAUCAAAGGUGAACAGAGAUUGCAUCAUCUCGAGAAGAUGGAGGACAUGAAGAAAGAAAAUGGGGAACAUAAUGGCCUGGAUUUUUGUAACACUUUAAGGGAAAGUACCCAAGAGGAAUCCCAAACACAGUUGGAAGCCAAGCUUUGUGAAGGUCAAGCUGCUGUUGAUACUAAUGAAGCUGAUCCUGAGUGUGACGGCCCACUAUUAGAGUUAUUGGAUUGUCCAAUAGAACUCUUUCACAGUUACUCCCUGAAUUCCAAGUCACCUGACAGUGAAAAUCCUCAACCUCCAGAAUCUACAGCAUGUGAGGACCUUAAUGGCAGCACUGAAGAGGAGCCCCAUCCAUCAUUUGAAACAGAGUCAGCAAACAGUGAGGUAAAAGUUAAGAGAACAUGGAAGGACAGGGCACUCCGUACUCAACAGUAUUCACAUUUGUCGCACUACUGCAUAUUCUGUCGCAAAGACUACAAAGGCUUGAAUGUUAUGAGGCACGCACUCUCACACCUCAAAAGUAGAAAACUAAGAUGCAUUCUCUGCGGAAAGCGUUUCAAACAGCUUCCUUUUGCCAAAAAGCACAUUCUUGACCAUAUUGAUACAAUGUACAAGCAAAAAUCCUCCGAUAAGGAGCUAUCCACUGAGAAUACUCAAGCUGCUAAUGGACUAAUAGACAAUGUAGGAAAUAAGUGCAAGCCUUGGGAUAAAAAACGGACUUCUGUUUCUGAGGAAGAAACUCUUGGACAGAAACCUGGAAGCAAAACUAGAGUGUCACACCUCAAGAGGGAAGAACGAAUCAUCAGGAACCUCCGCACCCUCAUCAAGAAGACGUCUGUGCUUCACAAAAAAUGCAAAAAACCAAACACAAAUAUAUUCAAACAGAUAGACUUCAAGGAUGAGCAGGUAGCCAUUAGAGACAGCCUGGUGAUUGUAAGUAAUCCAACUGUGAUUGAAGAAGAGGGACAGGAGACACCUGCAGGAGAAAAUGGUUGUGGCACGGACAUCACAUAUCACUUGUGCCCAUCUGAGUCCUGUGAUAGAGUAUUCUUAAGGAUGACCAACACACUCACAAAGCAUGCUAUCAAAUGCCAUAUUACUGAAGACAAGGUGCUAGAGAAGACUUUUGUUUGGGCCAAGCACAAGUGCACCCUCUGCUUCAGGCAGAUACAGUUUCUUCAGCAUUAUAAAGACCACAUGAAGCUCCACAAUACUCAUCUCCCGCACUUCUGCUACCAUCUAGAUUGUAAACAGCGCUUCGCAACACAGCAGGAAUUAAAGGACCAUGUCAAUACCCACCAACCCUUCAGACCUCAGUGCCCAUUCACAGAAUGUGAGAAGCUUUUCUCAAGUUAUCAGGGUCUUUAUGACCACGAAUGGAGGCACUACGUCCCAGCUCCUCAGAAAGAGGAGUUAGAAUUGGGACCCAGCAAACCGAUAAAGGAAAGCGCUGAGGCUCCUUGGAAGCAAAGAGUGAAGGUCGAGGAGAUAUGGCUGCAGAGUAAAAAGCAGCAGGAGAGUCCCACUCGUGAUGGUGAGGCCUCUCAUGUUGAGGAUCUCACGCUAAUCAACAAAACCGAUAGUGAAACUUGUGGAAUAAAUACCCUAAACAAUAAUCUUUUUGAAUCUGAUAACUGUUCAGAGAAAACAGUCACGCAUCAGCACACCCAUGAGACCAAACCAACCAUCAAUGGAUAUGAAGAUGUGAAAAGAAAUGUGUCAGAGGGAUUUAUGACCAUUUCCCACGCUAAUGCUGCUUCAGCAACUUCCGCCAAAAGGUGUCGGAAAAGACCAGUCAUCGAGAUGGACCCCUUAAAUGUCAAAGAUCUCGAGGAUAUUUCUACUUUGUCUGAGGGAGUCCAGCAGAAUAUUUCAGAGCCGCACAUCGCUGAGCACAAAACCUUCAAGCCCGAAGAUCCAUCCUACGCAACUUUUGUCAAGGCACCCUUCAUUCGGCCACCUCCAUCCACCUACCUGGAUGAAUCUGUGCUUUCAAUGCGCAAGAGGAGGUCCAUUGAUGAUGCUCCCAAGAAAAUAGUUUAUUGGAGCCAUAAGAAAAAGAAAGACCCAGACCCAGAAAAGGAGCAGCAGGUGGAGUAUGUGGUCCCCGAGCAGAAGAUCAGACAUCGCUGUGACAAAUGUCUUUCCUCUUACAGUAGCCAGGAGGAAUUACAGAAACACCAAGCCCUCAACACCUGCUCUACACUUUUUGGCUUUGAUUCAGAUGAUGAAAGUUAAUAUUUAGGGGAGUACAAAGAGGAGCUGUAACUGGAAUGGCUGUUCCAAUUCAAUUCAAGCGCCAGAUCACAAUUUAUAUAGUGCUUUGUAGUGUAAGGUAACAAUAAUACAAACUGUUUUCUUUACCUGGCUCAGGAGAGGCCUUUAUGAAAACACUAAAACUCUUUCUUAAUAAUCACUGACAGUGCUUAAUACAAAGGGGGUGUGGAAAAUAUUUCAUAUUUUAGUUUUGAAGGAAUGAUUAUGACAUCUGACUAGAUUUGAGCACAUUGUUUUCCAUGCAAACAGUCUUCAAUACAAAACCAAAUCUGGGAGAAAUUUAUAUACAGUGUUUAUUCACCUGUUUCAAAAGUAUUGGUUAAACUUCUCUGUUGUGAGUCUGAACAAUGUCCUGGACCUAAAGAACCAAACAUGGCUCAACAUACAGUGGUAUGCAAAUAUUUGGGCACCACUGAUAAUUUUAAUGAUUUUCCUUUAUAAAUAAUUGGUUUUUCAGAUCAGCAAUUUCACUGAAAUUGCUGAUCUGAACAACCAAUGCUUUAUAAAGGAAAACUUUUGCAUACCACUGUAGCUGCUCUAGAGGUUGAACAGUGAUUUUGUAAGAAUACUGAGUUAACUGUAUAAAAAACAAAAUUGCAAACACACUAUUCCUGUUAUAAGGUCAUUGUUCCACAGCCAUUCCAAUUUAAAAUGCCUUUUUUUUGUGUGUUUUACAAUGAUUGAUGCUAAAUUUUUCCCAUAUUAAUCUCUCUCACACACAAUCAUACAAAGCAAUAGAACUUGAUACACAGACAUUUGUACAUUUUUUUUUUUCUUUCAUACUGUAUAAAUUUAUUAGCUCAUCCGGCCAAGAAUCAGUGAGCUUUUGGCAUUUAUGGAAUCUGUCAUUGAUCCACCCUUCCACAAUUCACAAGAAUUGCUGCUCCUCUUGCUGUAUUUGUGAGAAUUCAAUCACACUUGCACACAAUGGUCACCUAAUGGGUCUUCACCCACAUUGCACUCAAGGUCACAUUUGUUGUUUAACUGGCAGUAACCCAUGACAUUCGAAUCGUGAGCCGGAGGAGCUACCAUGUUAUUGAUGAUCUGGUUUGUUUUUUUGUUUUUUUUGGUAAUACUUCAUAAUACAUAAUAUGGCCCAUGGCUAAGGCCAUAUUAUGUAUUAUUGAAAUCUAUCCCAAUUUGGGAAGUACACUAAUUGACAGGUACAGUGAAUCUGAAUGAUGGACCCGUCCACUCUGCUUUGAUGUUCAUGGCUUGCAAACUUGUGAGUCUUUAGAGAAUUACUACAACAUACAGGCCAUCAUUGGAAGUGUGUAUUGCAAUGUGUAAAUAACAUGUAAUGCCCUGUAGUCUUCCAUAUGAGGGAUGGACCACUUAGUUUGGGGUAUUGUAGAGCAUGUGAGAGCCUAUUAGAUAUGACAGUAAAGGUGGCUGUCAGAUAGCUGGAUCCUCCUUCAGCCUUUGUACACUGUAAAAUCUGUUUUCUGAAGAAAUCCUCCAAACCCCCAUCAUAAAUGCAGAUUUUAAACUAAGAAAGUCUGUGGGCAGCAAUCAGGAAGGACUGGGGUUGCCUUUAAGUCUUCUUUUGUUGUGGUCUGGCAACAAUUGUGUACUCAUUAAGGCCAUGGCCAAAACGUUUGAAACAAUGUAAAUCUGCCUUCAUACUGUCAAACGUUCUGUACAGCGUAUGCAUUAUUCACAAUCUAGUGCCAAGACUGAAGCAGUGUUCACACUGUAGAAAGACACAAUGUAAGUAAUACAGUACCAGCUUGCUUGAAAGUUUAUUUUUUAAGUUGGUUUAUCCAAUGAUUGUGUAUUUCUUUAUGUAGUAUUUCACAUUGGUUAUGUAUGAACCUUUCAGAUCUGUUUAAUACCUUUUUGAUGUAAUGUUUAUAUGAGACGGUGCACUUAAACCUGCUUAUUUAUAUGUACAAAUGUCAAUAGAUUGGAUUUGUAAAGGUAUUGAUUCCCCAUCUAUUUUUCUUAAAGAAAAAAGUGAUUACAUUUGUUUGAAUAAACAAACUA